AUGGCCUCCGUUUGGAAGUACCUCCUCGUUCUAUCCCUGGCGUAUAUUCAUCAAUCGGACAGUCGCUACAGUCUUCAUUUGGAGGAUACUCUAUACCUGCCAUUUGAAUACACGCCGAUUCCACGUUAUGAAUAUAACAGAAACGCUGCCGGCAGAGUGAGAUAUGAUCCCACAUACAACUUUGCCUAUGUGGCAGGUCAGGACCUGAUCCACGUGGUCAACAUGGAGGACAUUCUCCACAUGGAUAAUGUCUACCACAUCCACGAACCUGGCUUCCGGUUCACGGACAUCGUCCUGUGCGGAGAGUACGUCAUCGCGCCUGCGGACAACACUGUAGACAGGGAUGAUGGGAAACUCUUCAUCUUCAAGAAAUAUAACUUCGUCUCACAGGAAAUGCCCCUCAUGCAGGUUAUAGACCUUGAGCAUAACCCCGCCCAUAUCGCUGUGUCGGAGAACUGUCAGAAGGUACUGGUCAGUCUAGAGGGUGAGGCCUGGGAGGAAAACGGUGUCUUCCACGAUCCGGAAGGGGGCGUGUCCAUCAUCAUCUUCCCAUCAAGUGACCUUGGGGUCCAGCCUAGCCACAAGGUCCUCGACUUCACUGCCUUUAACCCACAAUCCGACGACUAUAUCCAGAGAGGUGUCCGCCAUGUUUACCCCAACUCAACAUUCUCACAGGAUCUCGAACCAGAAGGAAUUACUUUGAGAUAUGACGAGAAUGUGGCCUAUGUUUCUCUCCAGGAAAACAAUGCCAUUGCUGAGCUCGAUGUCUCAGAUUUCUCGUCCGCGCGUGUGGUGGAGUUAUUCCCCUUGGGCUACAAAUCUUGGCAUGACCUUCUCAUGGACCCCAGCGAUUGGGAUCAAGACAUCCGCAUGCAGAAGUGGCGAGUGUACGGGAUGUACCAGCCUGAUGCUGUCCAGUAUUUCGAAGUGGACGGGACAGGAUACCUUCUGUGUGCUAACGAAGGUGCAGCCAAGGAGUAUCCAAGCUGGUCUGAGGUUAAGAGAGGCCAAGAAUUAAUGCUGGAAAACUUGGUCCAUGCUGGGGUUGCUCAAUCCAUGAAAGAUGCUCUUUUGACAACAAGUAAUUUGGGUCGUCUUGAGUUCUCUGUUGUGAACGGAAAAGAGGCUGAUGGGAAAAUAAGCGACUUUUACUCCUUCGGAGCUCGGUCUUUCUCCAUUCGAAGGGCAGAUAACCCGUCGACGAUCGUCUACGACAGCGGGGAUCUCACAGGCUUGCACCACCAGAGUCUGGCCCCGUCUCUGUUUAACACAGACCCUCAGGAAGGUUCUCUGACCGUGCUCCAGACUCGCGACACCAGAUCCGACAACAGGGGUGCUGAGCCGGAGUCAGUUGCCGUAGGAACAGUUGACGGGGAGAAAUUAUUUUUCAUCGGAAACGAGAGGUCUUCUUCGGUGGAGGUAUAUUCUGUCCGUCACGGCGUGACGAAUCCAGUGUUCCAUAACAUUACUUACGGGACUCCGUUCAUCGAGGUUGGAAAAACCUGGGAGACGCUUUACCAAGAACACAAUACCGGAGAUUUAGAUCCGGAAGGCCUCGAGUUUAUCGAAGCCCGUGAUAGUCCAGUGUUGGAGCCGUUGUUGUUGGUGUCAGGCUCUGUGAGUGGUACACUCUCUCUGUUCAAAAUCAGCAAAGUCGAUGAAAUAGAAGAUGAUUUACUCGCUAACAAAGUGAAUGACCUAUUCUCACACGCUGACAACGACUCAAAUGAGCUGCUCUCCAUCGAAGAGCACCAAUGGCUUGUCAUGGAGGGGGAUGUUGACAACAACCACAGGGUAGACAAAGACGAGUUCUUCACGGAUUUUAACCCGAAGGUUGGUUUGCUGGCAGACAAGCUGGACUUCGUGUUCAACGAGCUUGAUGUGGACAACAACCGGUACUUGAACUCAUUCGACACGAACGCUCUGUUUUACUUGUCCGACAGGGAUGCUACCGGAUCACUUACACGUGACCAGUUUAGCAGAGAAUGGAAGCGAAUUUUACACGAUAAUAUCGACCUGAGUUAAACACUGGGGGUACUCAGUCCACCAUCUCUGGUGUCUACAGUUUGGGAGGGAUCAAGUUUUGCAGUUACCUGCAGUCGUCUACAUCUGUCUGAGGGUAUGAACGGGAAGCUGUCUCUUAAGUUAGCACAUUGUU